AUGUUGACCAAGGAUCCUAUAGAACUCGAGAAACUUCAGAAAUUCGCGGAAAAAGGUGGUAUAGGCGUCGGUAUAGCAAAUCAAGACACACUAGCCAAUACUGAAGAUGAUUUGAUGUUCUUUGAAGGUGAUAAAAUCACAGUAUUAAAACAUAUUGAAAAAGAUCUUUAUCUUGGCUAUUGCGAAGGUGUCAUAGGAGGACCACGUCGACAAAAUUCUACACCAUUAAAAUUUAUUGCUCCUGAACAACCACGUCAAAAUCAAAUAACUCCACGUCGACAAAAUACGUCACCAGAAUCAUAUAAUAAAGGUUUAUCCAUUGAGACUAAAUUGACGCCAUCUAAUCAGAAUCGGGAUAAAACAGAUAAUACCAAAAGUUAUCACAGUCCGAUGGGAGUUAACACAAGUCGAACGAAUAUAUCAGUAGCUAGACGCUCUCCGCCAGGAUCUACCCAGAAUUCUCCAAUUACUCCUCAAAGUGGAAGUACAACACCAAUUUCACCUCCAUCCACUCACAUUAUUAACAGCAACAAUAAUAUACAAACAAAUCACAUGGCUCAAAAUACAUCAAAUCCGAUAGUACAUCCUCAAACUAAUGUACCAACUUUUGUAAUACAACCGGAGACGCCAACACGCCCUACAAUGGACUCAGCAACGAUGCUAAAUCAAAAUUCACUUAAGAAUGCACAUAUUGAAGAUCGAACAUUCGAACAAUCACCGCCCAAUUCGAGGUCACCAUCUCCUAAUCCUUCUCAACCAAUACGACACGAUACCUCUUUUCCACCACCCGGGAAUUACAGUAAUCAUUGGAAAUCAGAUCAAUCUCCAACAGAUUCUCGCUCUUCUUCGCCAAUAUCACCUCCUCCACUUAGAUCAGUUUCUCGCUCUUCUUCGCCAAUAUCACCUCCCCCGCAUAGAUCAUAUUCUUCACAAUCGCCCAUUCCAUCAUCUGCUACACGUGUUAGCAGCAAUGACAUAAAUCAAGUAAACAUAACUCCUCAAUCGGAACAAUUGAGCUCGAAUGGAAGCUAUGAUAAUACAACAGACGAUGAGGCGGAUAAUGAAUUGACAACUGUACAUUCGGAGCCAUUGAUAUCACAGGGUAGAGAAGAUGAGACGACUCAUCAUAAAAAGGAGAAAAUUAUAGCAGUUGACAAUUUCGGAUUUGUAGUCGAUGUUUCCGAUGGCGAUGUUCCGGAAGGGGCUGAUAGGAUUCAAAGAGUGUACGUGUUGGAUGAAUUAAUUCUUGAUUUUCAUUAUGCUCUUAUUCUGAAAAGUCAAUUCUUAUUAUAUAGUCAAGCGCCAGGUUAUUCAGAAAUGAAUUCACGUAACAUCCGACUUUAUCGUGAACACGAAAUUAAAUGGUUGAAUAUAAUAACAACCAUGGAUACUGCAACUGCGAGAAAAUCCCGAAGGAUUAAGAAAUUAGUUCGUCAAGGUAUUCCCGAAUCGGUUCGCGGUAAAGCUUGGCAAUUUAUGGCUGGCGCUGACAAAUUUAGAAAGCCCAAUGUUUACGAAGUUCUUCGAAAACGUGAGAAACUUCCUAUAUAUGAUGUAAUUGAAAGAGAUAUUCAUCGAUGUUAUCCAGACCAUAUUCAAUUCCGUGAAGGGAAUAGCUCAGGUCAAUCAGACCUUCACGAUGUUCUGAGAGCUUAUGCCCAUUAUAACCCAGCGGUCGGUUAUUGCCAAGGAAUGGGUCGCUUAGUUGGCAUGAUGUUGAUGCAAAUGCCAGCUGAGGACACAUUUUGGUUACUUGUAGCCACGAUUGAAGAAUACAUGAAUGGUUACUUUACACCCACUUUAUCUCAAUUACGUAUAGACGCAGAGGUAUUCGAACAACUAUUGACUGAGCACGACCCUAAAUUGGCACAACAUUUGGCUGACAACGAUAUUGUACCACUGAUGUACAUGACCCACUGGUUCAUGACAAUCUUCACCAUGGCUUUGCCUUGGGCAUCCGUCUUGAGAAUUUGGGAUAUAUUUUACUACGAAGGAGUUAAAUUAUUUUUCCGCGUGGGUCUAGCAAUUAUGGAUUGCACGAGAGAUCACAUCUUAAAAAAAUGUCCGGGAAGUUCAGAGAUAUUGGAUUUCCUUCUUCAUCUUCCACCUGAAAUGCUAACUCCUGAAGUUCUUUUGGAUGCCGCAUUUAAUAUUCGUAUACGGCGAAGUUCUAUAAGGAGAUUAAAGAAACGCAUAGCUAUGGAGAGUAAUAAUGAGACAGUGAAUAAUUCUUCGUCAGCUGUUGGGAAUGAUAGCAAUAGUAAUAACAAUAAUGUUGUAAAAAAAUCAAGGAGCUCUGAGCAAGAUCGGGUAAAGGUUGGUGGUGUUGAAUUCAAAAUAGAAUCUUAA